CGCGGCCAGUCAGGUGACACCGCGGGGCGGGUCGAAGGGCUGCGGGGCGGACGGCGGACGCAGGGACGCGGUUUGAGCUUAGGCCCCCCCGACCCGCGUCCCGCCGUCUUUGCCGCCAUGACGGGGCUAGUGCUGCUCUACUCCGGGGUCUUCGUGGCCUUCUGGGCCUGCCUGCUCGUCGUGGGAAUCUGCUACACCAUUUUUGACUUGGGCUUCCGCUUCGAUGUGGCGUGGUUCCUGACGGAGACUUCCCCCUUCAUGUGGUCAAACCUGGGCAUUGGCCUAGCUAUCUCCUUGUCUGUGGUUGGGGCGGCAUGGGGCAUUUAUAUCACUGGCUCUUCCAUCAUUGGAGGAGGGGUGAAGGCCCCCAGGAUCAAGACCAAGAACCUGGUCAGCAUCAUCUUCUGUGAGGCUGUGGCCAUCUAUGGCAUCAUCAUGGCAAUUGUCAUUAGCAACAUGGCUGAGCCUUUCAGUGCUACUGACCCCAAGGCUAUUGGCCAUCGGAACUACCAUGCAGGUUACUCCAUGUUUGGGGCUGGCCUUACAGUGGGCCUGUCUAACCUCUUCUGUGGAGUCUGCGUGGGCAUCGUGGGCAGUGGAGCUGCCUUGGCUGAUGCACAGAACCCCAGCCUCUUUGUAAAGAUUCUCAUCGUGGAGAUCUUUGGCAGUGCCAUCGGCCUUUUUGGGGUCAUCGUUGCAAUCCUUCAGACCUCCAGAGUGAAGAUGGGUGAUUAGAUGGUCUAUGUGGGUGGGGCCGUGCCCCACUCGUAUUUAUUUGUGGUUCUCCCCGGGACAGCUGGAGCUGUGCCCCUUAGGCUUUCAGGGGGUUUGGUGUUUAGGGCCCUCCCUACACUCACUUCUCGCUGCCUGUCGACUUGGAGGGUCUGCCUGGCUGGAUCAUCUGUGUGGGGAGCGGGCUGUAGAUGACUGUGCAGCUUUGCACCUGUGUCCCACCUCCACCUCCAACCCGUCUUCCCAGUGUUUGUGAAAUAAACGUGGUAUCGGUCUGGGUCA